GGUCACUGGUCUCUCUAUCUCUUUUUAUUGAAGGAUACAGUUGGGAAGGGCACCGUGAGGCAAACAGAGCAGCCAUGGCAGACAAAGAAGAGGUGAGGAGACCCAAGCAAAGACAUCAGUUCGCUGUCUGCGGCUACCCGAUAAGCAUCUUCUUCAUCGUGGUCAAUGAGUUCUGCGAGCGCUUCUCCUACUACGGCAUGCGAGCCGUGCUGGUGCUGUACUUCAAGUACUUUCUGAGGUGGGACGACGACUUCGCCACCACCAUCUACCACACCUUCGCGGCCCUCUGCUACCUGAUGCCCAUCCUGGGGGCCAUUGUGGCUGACUCGUGGCUCGGCAAGUUCAAGACUAUUGUUUACCUGUCCAUCGUUUAUGCGGUGGGACAAACCAUCCUGGCCGUAAGUGCCAUCCAUGACAUCACAGACACAAACAGGGACGGCACCCCCGACAACAUGAGUCUCCACAUAGCUCUGUCCAUGGUGGGAUUGAUCCUUAUCGCACUGGGAACAGGAGGCAUCAAACCCUGUGUGGCUGCCUUUGGUGGAGACCAGUUUGAAGACCAUCAGGAGAAGCAGAGAAGCACCUUCUUCUCCAUCUUCUACCUGUCCAUCAAUGCUGGCAGUCUGCUGUCCACUGUCAUCACCCCCAUCCUCAGAGCUCAGGAGUGUGGCAUUUACACCAAGCAGAAGUGCUACACGCUGGCCUUCGGUGUCCCUGCCGCCCUCAUGGUGGUAGCCCUGAUUGUGUUCAUUGCUGGAAGCGGUAUGUACAAUAAGACCGCCCCUCAAGGCAACAUCAUGGUGAAAGUCUGCAAAUGCAUCGGGUUUGCUAUCGCGAACCGCUUCAGGCAUCGCGCUCCGCAGUACGCCAAAAGAGCCCACUGGAUGGACUGGGCUGAGGAGAAAUACGAUAAACUCCUGAUUGCCCAGGUCAAGAUGGUGCUGAAGGUGUUGUUCCUCUACAUCCCGCUGCCCAUGUUCUGGGCGCUCUUUGACCAGCAGGGGUCAAGAUGGACCCUCCAGGCGACCAACCUGAACGGUGACUUUGGAAUACUCACAAUCCAGCCCGAUCAGAUGCAGACUGUCAACCCUAUCUUGAUCCUGAUUUUGGUGCCGAUCAUGGACAGUGUGUUGUACCCACUGAUUUCCAAGUGUAAAUUAAACUUCAGUCCCUUGAAGAGGAUGACUGUGGGGAUGUUCUUCGCUGCGCUCGCAUUCGUGGCUGCUGCUCUGGUCCAGAUACAGGUUGAUCAAACCCUGCCCAAGUUCCCAUCGAGCACUGAGGGCCAAGCCAAGUUCACCAACAUGAUAGACAGACCGCUGGCCAUCAAAGCCGGGACCAACGAGUUCACCUUGGAGUCCCUCGCGACCAAUGAGGAUUACCUGAACUUUGAUAAGCCGUUUUAUCUGAGUCUGGGGCCUGGUCACGCCUACCAGAUUACGUUACCAAAUGGCACUCGGAGUACCCUGGUCAUCGUUCAGAGGGGGACCAAACCCACGCCUUUAGCUUUCAGAGACAUCGAAUCAAAGCCGGAGCAGGGCGCUAACGCUAUCAGAUUUUUUAGUGGCUUUGGCUCAGCUUUGAAUGUGACGGUGGGCGACCAGGACUUCGGGGGCCUUGCCGUCAACACAAUGUCUAAAUAUGUUGCGGUACCACAUGGAGACGCUCAGUUCAGGAUCACGAAUAACACUGGAGAAGAGUGUGUCUACAGUCAAACACUGGGCUUCGGCAGCUCUCACACCUUGAUCAUCCCACCAACAUUUGCAUUUGGAGAAAAUUGCGGAAAGAGCAUCCGAUCAGUGACUGACAUCGAGCCUAACACCAUCCACAUGGCCUGGCAGAUUCCUCAGUAUUUCCUCAUGACUGUAGGAGAGGUGGUCUUCUCUGUCACUGGCUUGGAGUUCUCCUACUCACAGGCACCUAGUAACAUGAAGGCUGUACUGCAGGCCGGUUGGCUGUUAACCGUGGCUGUAGGGAACAUCAUUGUGCUCAUUGUCUCCGAGGCUGCGACACUCCCAGAGCAGUGGGCCGAGUACAUCCUCUUCUCCUCUCUGCUGGUGUUAGUCUGCAUCAUAUUCGCGAUCAUGGCCUAUUUCUACACCUACACUGACCCGACCAAGAUAGAAGCCCAGUUUGCCAAUAUGGAGCCUGGAGAGCAGGAGAAGAAGAAGAGUUUGGAGAUGGCCAAGAAGGACUCAGUUGAGCACUGCAAGGACGACAGAAGGAGUUCUGACUCCAGCUCCGACGAGGAAGAAACCAAACAGUCCAACAUGUGAAGCUGCCCCUCUCCACAGCGUCUCCCUCUUUUUAUACAAAUGCUACUUGGUUAGGUGUUUCAUGCCGGACAGUGCCUGUGCAGAUUAGUUCUUGCCGAUUGGUCAUUUUGUCAGUGCAAUCCAGUGCACUGCUGUACAUGUAGUGGUUAGAAUGAAUGGAUGACCUGAGUGAAAUGGUGCAGAAAUUGUAAGAACACAGAAAUAGGGCGUAAGUGGUUAUAUAUAGCUCUUGGUGGACAGUGCUAGUGAGGAAUCUUGGCAGGGACAAUUUAAACACUAUUAUCGCCAAAUCUCGAGAGAAUAUGCCUUUUUUUUAGAGGUUCUCAUACAAUUUGCUUUUGUAAAUUUGUUUCUACAGUAAUUUAUUUUG